CAUGAUCACUCAAAUUGUGUUUCAGGUACCAGUGGAGAGGAUGAGGCUCAUGUGUUCAUCAGUUCUGGUGAAAAUGUCCGUCUGCGCUGUAAUAAUGCUCUUCAUGACUGCAAAUCAACUACAUGGCUCUAUAACAGAUUCAUUCAUUCAGGAACAGUUGAAGUGAUUGGUUUAGGGAUAAAGAAGAAACACACAGAGAGUCAUGAGAGACUGAGUCUGGGGUCUGACUGCUCUCUGAACAUCAAGAACGUCACAAAAAGAGAUUAUGGAUCUUACAUCUGCCAACAAUGGACAGAUGUGAAUGGACAACACCAACAAGAAGGAACUGAUGCUUAUGUUUUUUUGCAUGUUCUUCAUGUCUCUUCGUCGUCAUCAUCCUCACAGACUGAGAUCAGUGCAGGCCGCUCUGUGACUCUCUCCUGUCAGUUGUAUUCAUAUUCAUUUGCUGGAGUCUCCUGUUAUCAUUGGAUCAGUUCCGACAGAAUUCAGCUGUUCUGGGUGAAUCAGGCUGGUGUUAAAUUUACGAUAUCAGACUCCAGAUAUCAGAUAUUAUUCUCAGCAGGACACUGUAUCAGCACUCUGAAUACAACACUCCUGAAUGAAGAUGACAUCAGAGGGUGGAAAUGUGAAGUCACUCACAGAAAUCAACUCAAAACCUCAGCCAAAUAUACUGUCAGGAUUUCAGGUGAGAAAUCAAUCUCAUCAGUCAGAUAUUAACAGUCUCUUUUAGAUGUGCUAGUAUAGUGCUAGUUAUCUUGUUUACUAAUUAAAAUAUGAUUGUCAUAUUUUACAGUAUGAUUAAUCUGAACAUUCAUCUUUACAGCUCAAGCUGUGAUUCCAGUCCA